AUGGCGAAGCUCAAAUCGACUGAUGACGAAGCAGUGCGAGACCACGAGGAGUUGGCCAACUCGCUACGACUGCCUCCUGUAAAGGAUGAGUCUGAGUCUGAUGACGAAGCUAAUGACGAGAUCAACAGCUCGUCAAAUGGAAAAGGGAUGGAAGAAGUCUGGAUCGCUGUCAUGGGAGUCACUGGUGCCGGCAAAAGCUCAUUUAUCCAGCUUUGCACUGGCAAACCACCGGAAGAACUUAAGAUUGGACAUGGCCUGGAGAGCUGCACUACGGUGGUACAGGAGUACAGUUUCAUUUGCAAGGAUAAAGGGGACAACGCCAGCAUCCUAGUCCACUUGAUAGACACACCAGGCUUCGAUGACACAAACAAGAACGAUGCCGAGGUCCUCAGAGAUAUUGCAAACUGGCUGAACACAACGUAUCAAAACAAAAUUCUCCUCAGCGGCGUUCUUUAUUUACACAGGAUCAGCGAUCCAAAGAUGCAAGGCUCGGCUAGACGAAAUCUCUUGAUGUUCAUGCAGCUCUGUGGGCCUCAUUGCUAUCAGAACGUCAUGCUGGUGACUACAAUGUGGUCCAUCGUGUCGAAUAGAACAGGUGAGGAGAGAGAAAGGGAGCUCGUUGAGAAGUUUUGGGGUACCAUGAAGAAGCAAGGAAGUUUGGUGCGUCGGCACGAAGGGAACAAGACGUCAGCAUUAUCAAUUCUCGGUGAUCUUAUCGACAGACGUGAAAAGAUUAUAUUGCAAAUCCAACAAGAAAUGGUCGAAAACAAAAAGGAUCUCAAUGAAACAGCAGCCGGACAGCAGCUCGACCAAGACCUUCUCCGAGAGAAGGCCAAGCACAAGAAGGAGAUGAGAGAGCUGAAGCAACAGAUGGACCAAGCCAUCAAGAGCCACGAUGAAGUAGCAAAAGCAUACAUUGCCGACAUGCAGAAGGAUCUACAAGGUAAAAUUGAGGAAGGAGAGAGAGCUAGAGAAUCGAUCCGGCGGGAUUUUGAGAAGCUACAAAAGGAGCGCGAGGAAGAGAUGAACAAGAUGAAGAACAGGAUCAAUGACCAGGUCAAGCAGCUCGAAGAAAGCUCGAAAAGGCACAGUGAACUGCAGGCGAAGCUCGACGCGGGUCAGGGCAGCCCUAUGCUUAACAAGCAAAUGAAAGACUACGAGCAGAAGAUUCACUCCUUGGAGAUGAAGAUAGAGACACAAACGAAGAUGAUGGAACGACGAAAAGGAGGGGUCAGUGCUGAAGUCGGUGAGUGGAGCAAAAGGUUGAAGUAUCUUUUUAUGACUACCGCUGAUUGA